AUGGACGUUGACCAAUUGAUCCAAGAAGCCCAGAGACAUCUGUCUCAAGGUAGACACGGAGAGGCUGUGGACUCUUUGACUCAAGCUGCUCAACAGAAUCCGAACGAAAAGCAAGCUUCUGUGAUCGAAGAGCUGAUUGAAUCUCUUGGGAAACAUGUGGUGAACAACAGCGAUGGUAACGCAUCCCGCGAUAUGGGUAGCAGUUUGCUGAGUACUUUCAUGGGUGGGUCGAGCGGCGGAAAUGGCUACGGUGGAGGUUCACAGUCGCAACUUGGGAAAUUGGCACUUUUGAGCAAGAUUGUCGGUUCUUCGAACAAAAAUUCGGGCGGUUUCAACUUGUCUUCCGUCGCCUCUAUGCUCGGAGGCGGUGGUAAAACAAGUAAUUCCUCAGGGUCUCAUUCUGUGGCUGGUGGCUUGACUGGUGCAGCCUUGGGUGCAUUGGCCGGCCAAUUCUUCGGCAAAAGCUCCCAAUCGCAGAGCUCUCAUAAUCAGUACGGAAAUCAGAACCAAUAUGGUAACCAGAACCAGUACGGCAACCAGAACCAGUAUGGAAACCAAAAUCAGUACGGGGGCUCCUCAGGUCAAAAUCAUUCUCAAAGUCAGUCAAGCUUGGGUGGCUUAGCGGCCAUGGCAAGCUCAUUUUUGGGGGGUGGCAAGCAAUCCAAUCAGUCUCAGACUAGCACACAACACGGGGGCAACAGCAAUCAGUAUCAUGGUCAAACAGGCCAGGGCAAUUACAACCAAUCCGGCCACGGGCAGGGUCCUCCAGGUGGCAACAACUUUGGCUCCCAGAACGAUUACUAUGGAUCAAACUCAGACAGCUAUGGCCAAGGUGGCUCAGGGAAAUACAACCAAAGCUCUCAAGGCGGCUACCAAGGUGGUUUCAACAAUCAAGGAAAUCAAGGCGGCUACCAAGGUGGCUACAAUAAUCAAGGAAACCAAGGUGGCUAUAAUCAAGGUGGUUACAACAAUCAAGGAAAUCCGGGAGGCUACAACCAAGGAAACCAAGGUGGUUCUGGCCAAGGUAGCUUCGGUGGAUAUGACCAGGGAGGCCAGGGAGGCCAGGGAGGCCAGGGAGGCUACAACCAGGGGCAGCACGGUGGGAGACCGGGCGGUUACGAGCAAGGCAACGAUUUUUCCUCAAACCCGCAAAACGGGCGUCCCAACCAGGGUCAGCAAAGACCCAAUCAGGGUUUCAAUUUCUCCGGAAACUUUGUUCAAUAA